AUGGCAAACCACAGCGACAGCAAAGGCGCAUCGAUACAAGUCAUCCAUCGCGAUGAGCGCUCCUUCUUCAUGUCGGUUGUGCAAUUCGUGGUCCGGAGCCUACGCAAACCGCUGAGCAACCGCGAAGUCAAACACGAAAGCGGCUCAAUCAAACUCACUCUAUCGAAAGCCAAGCUCCAGAUGCGCGCAAUCAGUGAGCGAAUCGUAUGCGACAUCCACAUAUACGACUACUUUCCGCUUGAGAAACCUACAAAAGACCCGAAAAAGCGCAUAUACUACUUUGCGGGCGGCAGUUGGCAGACUCCGCCCUCAGGGCAGCACUUUCGCAUCUGCGCAAAGAUGGCAAAGGCCAUGCCCGACACCAUCGUCUCGGUCGUCUCGAUGCCUCUCGCGCCGAACAAUCCUGCGCCGGAAUCAUUUCCAAUGUGUCUCAAGCUCUAUCGCGCGUUGAUGGCUCAAGCAGAUGAGGCCGGAGAACGUGUAAUACUGGCAGGCGAUUCAUCAGGCUCGAAUAUUAUACUAGCAAUGACGUUGGAAGCAUUGAGAGAGGAUGAUGAUCAAGCACAGGUCGAUGUCAAACACAGUCCGCAUCCAACGGCUAUCAUGGCCAUAUGUCCUUCAACGGAUCUCACACGCGACAACCCGGAAAUUUGGAAGAUCGCACCGAGAGACCCUCUCCUCACACCCGAUAUCAUCAAGGGUACGGCAAAAGCCUGGUGCGGUGACUGGGACCCUACGGAUCGCCGAGUCUCGCCCAUCAAUAAUGAUAUCUCAUUAUUUGCACGAAAAGGCAUUAACGUUCAUGGCAUAACUGCAGGCUGCGAUGUCCUAAGCCCAGAUGGGAUCCUCUUCCGUGACAGAUGUGCAAAAGAAGGUGUCAAGGGCCAAUGGGCACAUUGGGAGAACCAAAUGCACUGCUUCAUUUUGACUAUGCCAUUUGGAUUGCCAGAGGCAGAAGAAGCUGUGCAAUGGAUAAUCGACGUACUAAACAAGGAGUAG